GUGAGAGUGUCAGAGCGAGACCGGGCCCAUGGCGGCGCCCAGCGCGGCCCUCACAGAUCUGCUGGUGAUGCAUUUGUGUUCCUGACUAUGGAACCCACAGCUGAGUUGCCGAAGAUCCUGCACGCCUGCAUUGCAGAUCAGCUGCCAGCGGAGAAAGCAUUAGCAAUCUUCACUGAUUCUCCUCAUCCUCUGGCGGUCAACCAUGUUACCCAAGAUGACAAAAUAGUGACUCCUGAUUCAAAGAUGAAACUGCAGGAUGAAGGUGGCACUUCUACCCAGUGGACCAGAUAUUUGAAUCGAGAACCGUCCUGUUUUUCAGAGGAACUGAAGCUCGCUUUGCAAAGUGACAGACGCUUGCAAAGCUACACACACACAAGUGAUGACUCUUCCAGUGGCAGGGAGUUAUCCCUGUCUUCAAGCACCGAUCUAGUGGAUUCUGACGAACUGUCAUCGGAAAACAAUGAAGGGAGGAUGACUUCUUGGGAUGGCGCUCACAGGCCUCACCAGAUCAGCACUUUGGUGAGAGGGGAGGAUCCGCACCAUUCCUGCAAGACAGGCUCUGCCGCAAGACUGCGGCUCAACAAAACAAACCAAUCCUCAACUACAAAGUGGGCCAAUGUUUCAUCUCGAAAAGUGCCCCGGAUGAAGAAGUGUCAGCGAACCCAGAAGCAGAAGGAGCUGGUGCAGCGGGUGCGACGGGCACGGGAAGCUGUGAUCCGCAAGAAGUGCGCGGCCCAGUGGAUUGGCAGCUCCACGGACAGGGACACGAGCAGCAACUCUGACACAGAAGAAGUGAUUACAUGUGAUGACAGUCAGACCAACAUUCGAGAUCCUCUGGACCCAAUAGAGGAAGAUGAUGUGUUGGUUGUUGAGCCACUGACUGUGUCUACUCUGCCAGUUAGUGAGGAGGUGAACAUCACAUCUAGUGACAGCGAGGUGGAAAUCAUUAAUGUUGUGGAUGAUGAAAGACCUUCUGUGUCAGGCCCUUGGGUUGGCCACGCAAUGAAGAAAUCUGGGAACUCUGGGUUCCAGGUCCCUCCCGGUCAUCGAACAACUUCAGCAGAGGUUGUGGAUCUGACUCUCGAUGACAAUGAUGCAGUGACUGUAUUGGGUGACCUUCCAGGUAUCGACUCUCUCAGCAGCCCUGAAAUUGUUCAGUCGGAUAUGCUUCAAGGAUUGUCAGAGAGUUUAUCUCUUGGGGUUAACAGCUCACAUCUAACGUGGUCAUCUUUCAACGCUGCAGCAGGUGGUGAAGCUUAUACAUCUGCAGCCACUUCAGCAAAGUCUCGGGUGUCAUCAGGUGAGGCCGGUAUUCCUUGUUCUAGCAGUAGAACUGCUUCCCUAUCAUGCCAACACCACCGAUCAUCCACAUCUCCUGCCUGUUGCUCUCAGCGCUGUGCCUGCAGUUCUACCAGACCGGGCUCACACAGAUUGGGCCUUGCCCAAGACCAUUAUUCGCAGCCCCACCACCUCCAUUCCAAUACUCAGUUUCUCACCCGCCAAAGCCAUCAGUCCUGGAUCCACCACCCGCAUCAACACUGCCCACAGACUGAGUUCCGGCACAUUCAACAGCCAGUUCAACAGGGGAACCCACAGUCACCCCACAGCGGUGUAAGCUCCAGAGAAGGCGAGACCUUGAGUAACAGACAGCAUCAGGUCUCUUCAUGUGAUAUUGCUAAUAGUGGACAGAGUGCUGGUGGGAUUGAAAAUACCCAGAAGAGUGAAAUACAGGCACCACCUCAGCAAAUCCAUACUUCUCAGCCAAUGGAAGGGAUUGGAAAUCUGCCCAGCACCGUACAGUCACCAACCGUCCUGUCACCGAAAUCUUGGCUUCGUCACAGUUCUCCCCUGCAUGGGGGUGAUGAAAAUCGGUCCAGCCCUGCUCAGCCUAGUGCAACUCCAUCACCCACCUGCGUGACUUUGGCACCUUGGCAUCAACCCAGCAUACUCCAGAACGAGACGAGGAGAAAUCUACCAGGUCUGAGUGAAAAUCUAAGCCACCAACAGCACUGCAUGUCACACCAGUUUCCAUGUCAUCUGUCAGGUUCUACAGUGUAUGCUGCAUUUCCGAGGGGCUUAGCUGGUCCUACCUCCACCACCCAGGCAGCAAAUCUCUCGUGUCAAUCGCCCACAGCGAGCAGUUACCCCAUUGCAAGGCCUGUACCAUCAUAUCAUACUCGAAUGCAGCCUGGACUUUCAACACAAUAUAGGCCGACCACCUCUCAACAUCCUCCCACUUUACCAACCUCGCAGCAAACAGUGCCAGCUCUACAAAUGGUGCAGUUUCAGCGUCCACCCUCCACAGCUCCUCCUUUACUGGUCAACAGUCCAUUAGUGGCACCCAUUAACCCACAACAACAGCAACAAUGCUCAGUGUAUCAACAACAGCAGCAACAAUGCUCAGUGUAUCAACAACAGCAGCAACAAUGCUCAGUGUAUCAACAACAGCAGCAGUGCUCUGUGUAUCAGUAUCAGCAGCAGCAGCAAUGCUCUGUUUAUCAGCAACAGCAGCAACAAUGCUCCAUAUACCAGCAGCAACAACAAUGCUCUGUCUAUCAGCAGAGAGGCCCUGAGAUUCAGAGGAACCAUUGGAUGGAGACAGUCAGAGAGGAACGGGUUACAUCAAAUUUUCCUCAGUACAACGCUGGACAUGUUCACCUACAUCGCUACCAGCUGGUUCCACCCAGACUGCACUUGGUUUCCAUGGCAGCGCCCUCUAUUCCUGUGGUAAUGCCAGACAUCUUCAUGCACCCACAUUUACAAGUCUUUGCCCAUCAUGGACUGCGAGGAAUGCAAAGCCAUGUUGCGAUGCACAGGGGAUACCAGGAUUUGCUUCACUUGGAGGAUCAGUUUAGUGAUUUAAACCACGGGGCGUCUCAGAGCACCAUUGAGAGGUACACCUUCCUGCACAGGUACGAAAAGAGAACUUUAGAGACCUGUGAAGAAGGGAAGGAGGCAGCUGAAGUUGAAGAGAAAUGCACAAUUUGCCUGUCUCCAUUAGAAGAAGGAGAGGAUGUUAGGCGGCUGCCUUGCAUGCAUCUGUUCCAUCAGAUUUGUGUGGAUCAGUGGCUAGCCACCAGCAAGAAGUGUCCAAUUUGUCGAGUGGACAUUGAGGCCCAACUUCCAGUGGACACCUAACUGAGCAAAAAGUGUUAGCAGUGAGGUUUGUGUGAUCGGACCCACAUCUUGCACUAGUUGGAGUGGAAAAGAUUUUAAAGAAACAUCUGCAGUCAAGUCUCGUUGCUCAACCUGGACAACUGGUAUUUGGAAGUGCAGCGUAUUCUGAACACACCAGUUUUAACAGCCAUAAUGGAAAGGGUUGAUGCCUUAAACAAACUAAUUACUUCUACUAGAACUCUGUCCAUAAGGUCAGGUGGAAGUGAACGCAAUUGAUAACCAAGGAAAGACUAAAAGAAUCCAAGACUUUUCUUAUUUCUACCAUCUUUCUACCAAAUUUGUUUUGCUCAUCAGAAAUUUGUUUUACUCUUAAGUUAAUGGAAUGUCAUGUGCCAUGAACAAUUAGAUAUUUAAUUGAGAUACAAAACAGUAAUGGAUCCAUCCACUGCAUUUGGAGGUGAUUGAUUUUGUAUAGUUGAGAUUGGUUUGUGGAAAGUCCAUACAAAUCAACUCUAUUAACACAGGUUUGUAAGGAUAGCAUUCACUUUGAAUGGAAAAGCACAGGAAAUGCAGCAAAUAGGAAUGAAGGAAAUGUAAAAUAAUCCCAUUGGAAUCUUUUGGAAAAAAUCAUAUGUUUACUGUACACAUUACAAUUUACUUGUGUGAUCAGCUGUUCCACCCUCCUCCCUCCACUUUCUGUUGCUCUGGAGUAGCGUGAACUCAGAUAUGUGCACCUGGUGUACUGAAGUUUAAUAUGGAAUCAUGAGAUUUCUGUGCAAUAAACAGUGAUGGAUCCAAAUAUGUCGCUAUUCAUUGGAUCAUCGGCAGGAUCUGGAAGGGCAGACCAGUCACUGGGGCAGGGUAUCAUCCCACUCAGUUCCUGUUAAUCCUGCAAGCCAAAGCCAUAAUGGAUAGGGUGGUCAAGCAGUGGGAAAGCAUGCCGGACAGCAAUAUCAAUGGCAGUAUGUGGUUUUAGCUGGUUAGACUCCAGCAGUUACCCCCAACAUACACUCUGGGGUCCUCAAGCCUUGGCUCUUGUCAACCUGCGCCUAAUACUUUCUGGAAUUCGGUAAGCAAGAUGCAUCCCUCCAUGGAGAGCGCACUCCAACAAUCUAUCUCUGGGAUUUCCAUGUGGGACGCGUGGAAUUCUCAGCUCGGUUUGGCGACUCUUAAACGUGGUCAUGGGUUUUCGCAUGUGUCAUGUGACCAAAAUAAAAUGACAUUUCAUCCUCAACACUGUGAUGAUUAUACCUGUGAUUGUCAAGGACUCCUGUAAAGGAGAAAGUGGCAUUCAGAGCUUUUCAAACCUUCCAUAUGUACGAUUCAAUAUUUAGAGGUCAGACAUUACCAAACAUUAAAUCUGCACACAGGAUGACAGAUGCUCUGAUGAUUUGCUUGAUGCAGAAAUCAGAUUUUAAAAUCGUCUAAAUCUGGAUGAGAUAAAUUAAUUGAUAAUUCUGUUACUUUUUAAGAAAGCAUCUUAGUUUAUGAACCUAAUGAGACUUUAGCCCUGUAUGAAAGUUUCAAUCAGUAAUGUAUAUUAACACUAAUUGUAAAUUGCGCACUAAUUGUGAUGCAGAAACUUGGAGCACUUUGAAGGCAUCAGAAGAAUUGCAUUAGGAUUUUCUGAGACAAUGAAGAUACUUGUUCCAAUGUGAUGUGUACUUCCCAUUGUAUUUUGUAAUAUUUAACAUUAUGGUUUUGCAUAAUACCAUUUUUAGAAAAUGAAUGUGUUUGUAUUAUUUGCUGAGGUAAGAUCUGACUCUGCAGUUUGAGGAAUUAAUAAAUAAUCCUAAUCAUUUAGAGACAUGUCUACAGACAUGCUUCUCAAUUGUUCAUGCAUAUAGCUGGAAAUCUGGGCAGCUUUUUAUUCAAUAAAUAGGUAACUCCAUAGGUGAAUGGCCACACACUUAGUUUAAACUGUUGAUGACUAGAAAAGUACUGGGAAUGGAUAUCUGAUUCACCAGUAAACAGUAAUCUGUCACUGGGAGCAGCUUCACUGCAAGCAGUUGCAUAUUUUACCCAAGAGAUGCACUUUGUAUAUGUCAAAUGUCUGAAAGCACUUUACAAUAAUUGUCAUGUGUAGUAACUGUUUUGUAGGUAUAUAUAUAUCAGCAUAGCGCAUUUGAUAGCUGUGUUGUCUCUUUCCAGUUGAGUGUAAGUGGAUGAUGGGGCACAGGAAGAAUGAUAACCGAGCUCGUCACACAAUGCCCACACAUGUGCCAGAAGUAGCAGUGACUUCUAUAGUAGUAUAUAGUAGUACAACCUAUAAUAGUAGUAUAGCAAUCCGUCAAUUUGACUUAGUUCACUGAGCCUCUGAGUCAGAAGCUUGUCAUAUCGGGACUUUGACCUCACAUUCUAGGCUGAUAAUCCAGGGCAAUUCUGUCAUGAGUGCUGCAUUGUCAGCGAUCCUUGUCCUUCGAAUGAGAAGUUAAACUCAAGAUCCUGUCUACCUGUUCAGGUGGCACUGCUGUUCUGAUCAUUGCCAAACAUCAAGUACUGGAUGACGUUAAACAAAAACAAGACAAAUGCUCUCCAGCUUGGUUCCCGUCAGCACCUUUCACAUUGGCAGGACAAUUCAAAGUGCUGUUCACCUCGAGCACUGACAGCAUCAAACUUCCCUUUGCUGAAUUGGUGCGCAUCUUCGGUGGCUUGUUUGAUGCAAAUUGUCUUUCAAACUCCACAACGUUUUCUGACCUGUUCAGCUUUCCUCCAUCUCCAAAACAUUGCCUGCCACAUCCCCUCGAACUGCCGAGACCAAGUAUUGAUCAAGUCCAGGCUUGACUAUUCGAAUCCUCUGCACGCCGGCCUCCCAGCUCUUACCUACACAAGCUGCAGACUAUCCAGAAAUGCAGCUUAAGUCCUGUGUCAAACUGCACCAGGCCUGUUGAUCCCAGCCUUGAUCGGCUCCACUGGCUCCUCAUCUCCCAACUGUUUGAAGUGAAGAUCCUGACCCUCCCGACCAACUAAUCGCUUGCACAGCGAGUACAUCAUGUCCCUGCCCUAUCUAGCCCACCAAUUCUACAAUCCUGUCUGGAGCUUUGAGCUCUGCUUUGAGAUGUUCUCCCAACGUGGCCAACAGACCCCCAGAUUAAAUUGGUCAUUUUCUUCAUGGUUCUUGCAAUUAUUUGGCUGUACACACAUUGGCUGUCCUGUUUGUCCAGGAAACAGUCACUAUACUUUACAGAAUAUCCUGGGAUGUCCUUCCGAU